AUGGCCAUGAACAGCCUCGCCGGCUUUGACGUGCUGGUGCUGGAUAUCGAGGGCACCGUUUGUCCCAUCUCAUUCGUCCACGAUGUCCUGUUUCCGUACGCGCUCGACACCCUCACCCGCCGCCUGGAUGGCUACUGGGACAGCUCCGACUUCGCCCCGUACCGCAAUGCCUUCCCCGAGCCGUACCGCGGCGACCGCGGUGCCUUUGAAGCGCACGUCCGCCAGCUAGUGGCCCAAGACAUCAAGGCCCCGUACCUCAAGGCGCUCCAAGGCCAUCUGUGGCACCAAGGCUACGAGUCGGGCGACCUCGAGGCUCCCGUCUUCCCCGACGUGGGCCCCUUUAUUACGACUGCCCAUGCAUCCGGAAAGAAAAUCAUCAUUUAUUCAUCUGGCUCCGUCCCGGCACAGAAGCUCUUCUUCUCCCAUACCACUGCUCAGCCCUCGGAUCUCACGCCCUUCAUCUCGGCCUGGUUCGACACGGUCAAUGCAGGCCCCAAGACGGAGGCUACUAGCUACACCACCAUUCUGUCCAGCAGCCCGGACAUUACCCCCGCUCGAUGGUUGUUCCUGAGCGACAACCUCAAGGAAGUAGGCGCUGCCCUCGCUUCCGGGAUGCGUAGCCUGCCCGUCACACGUCCGGGAAACGCCCCGUUGCCGCCAGACGAUCCCUUGUCCCAGCUUGCCAUCCGCGAUUUCGCCCCCGAGUCUGCCGAGAGCAUCACGGCCUGUCUAGCGGGUUUGGCUGCCAUGCCUAGGCCAAUCCGGUCAUGA